AUCUCAAAAACCAACUAAUAUACCAAAAAAUGAUCUCCAAGAUUGCAUUCCUUAUGGGCAUCCUAGCUGUUUCCAAUGCUGGACUCAUUGGAGGAUAUGGCCAUGGAGGUGGUGAUAUUGGAGGUGGAGACGUUGGGGGAUAUGGUGGAGGUGGUGGAGGAGGAGGUCACGGAGGUGGCGGUGGAGGAGGUCAUGGCGGAGGAGGAGGAGGAGGUCACGGCGGAGGCGGUGGAGGCCACGGUGGCGGUGGCGGCGGACAUGGCGGAGGCGGAGGUGGAGGAGGACACGGUGGAGGAGGUGGUGGUGGUGGUGUUUCUUACUCCAACACCCACAUGCACUCCGAAGGAGGCCACGGUGAUGAUGCUGGCGAAGACGACGGAUACGGACAUUACUCUUAUCCCGCAUAUAAUUUCCAAUACGGAGUGUCCGACGGAAAAACCGGAGAUUCUCACUCCCAAAGUGAAUCUCGUGAUGGCGACAGCGUUAAAGGAGUCUACAAGAUUAACGAUCCUGAUGGUACCUUGAGAAUCGUACAUUAUGUAGCCGACAAAAAGAACGGAUUUAACGCUUACGUUGAAAGACAAGGAAGUGCCGGACAUCCAGCAAGCUAUGGCGGAGGCGGCGGCGGUGGAGGACAUGGAGGAGGCGGCGGCGGCGGUGGUCAUGGAGGAGGUGGUGGCGGUGGAGGUCACGGAGGAGGAUACGGUGGUGGCCACGGAGGAUAUGGAGGUGGAGGACAUGGAGGUGGUGGUGGCGGUGGAGGUCACGGAGGAGGAUACGGAGGUGGCCAUGGAGGAUAUGGAGGUGGAGGACAUGGAGGUGGUGGUGGCGGUGGAGGUCACGGAGGAGGAUACGGAGGUGGUCAUGGAGGAUAUGGAGGUGGAGGACAUGGAGGUGGUGGUGGCGGAGGACACGGAGGAGGCGGUGGUGGUGGCCACGGAGGAUACGGUGGUGGUGGUCACGGAGGAAGCGGUGGAGGUGGUGGUCACGGAGGAAGCGGUGGAGGUGGUGGUCACGGAGGAUACGGUGGUGGUGGCCACGGAGGAUACGGUGGUGGUGGACACGGAGGAAGCGGUGGAGGUGGUGGACAUGGAGGAGGAGGUGGUGGUGGCCACGGAGGACCAUUUUCGACACUUCUUUUAUUUGGACUUUUCUGUCUUAUGAUGGUGGCGACCGCUUACGUUGUCCACGAGCAUGGGGGUGGUGGCCACGGAGGUGGUCACGGAGGUGAUGAUGAAGGUCAUGGUUGGGGAGGAGAUGAUGGCGGACAUGGAGGUGACGACGGAGGACAUGGGGGUGAUGACGAUGAUGAUUUUGGAGGACAUGGCGAUGAUGAUGAGGGUUAUGGUGGACACGGUGGUGGUGAUGAUGAUGGAGGACAUGGAGACGACGAUGGAGGUUACGGUGGAGAUGACGGCGGCCAUGGUGGCGAUGAUGGAGGUCACGGUGGAGGCGAUGGUGGAUAUGGAGGAGAUGAUGACGGUCAUGGUGGUGAUGAUGGUGGUCACGGAGGAGAUGGUGGUCAUGGCGGAAACGGUGGAGGACAUGGUGGAAAUGGUGGAGGUCAUGGAGGAACCGGUGGUCACGGAGGAAACGGUGGAGGACAUGGUGAAAGUGGUGGAGACCAUGGUGGUCAUGGAGGAAAUGAUGGAGGGCAUGGUGGUCACGGAGGAAACGGUGGAGGUCAUGGAGGAACCGGUGGUCACGGAGGAAACGGUGGAGGACAUGGUGGAAAUGGUGGAGGACAUGGUGGUCAUGGAGGAAACGGCGGAGGUCAUGGAGGAACCGGUGGUCACGGAGGAAACGGUGGAGGACAUGGUGGAAAUGAUGGAGGACAUGGUGGAAAUGGUGGAGGACAUGGUGGUCAUGGAGGAAACGGCGGAGGUCAUGGUGGAGGACACGGUGGUUAUGGUGGUUCUUCUUACAAUAAUGUCCAUUUGGUAUCUCAUGCCAGUGGUCAUGGCGGAAGUGGCGGACAUGGUGGAGAUGGUGGUCAUGGCGGAAAUGGUGGACAUGGUGGAGAUGCUGGACAUGGAGGACAUGGUGGAGAUGGUGGUCAUGGUGGUAACGGUGGUCAUGGUGGAAAAGAUGACGGACAUGAUUACUAUGCUCACCCAAAAUACACUUUUGAAUAUGGAGUUGCCGAUCCAAAAACUGGUGAUAAACACGCUCAACAUGAAGAACGUGUUGGAGAUAAAGUUAAGGGAUUUUAUACUUUAAAGGAAGCUGAUGGUACAGUAAGAACUGUUCAUUACCAAGCAGACAAGAAGAACGGAUUCAACGCUAACGUUCAAAGAUCUGGUCAAGCUACCCAUCCCGCCGGAGGCCACGGAGGUCAUGGUGGGGAUGGUGGAAAACAUUAA